ACGUAAAUUCCCAGUAAAUCCGAGCGCAAUUUAUACGACGAUGUCGUUCAAUAAACAAUUACAGGCGACGUACGUGGACACGUGUGACCUCGUAAUUAUAUUGUCAACUAUUCGUUAAGCUUAAUUGACAAGUGCUCUUGUAUAUCGACCUCGAGACGCGCUUAAAACGAUGGCAGAAAGCACCUCGCGUAUUACGGCAAUAAUGAUCUUCGAUCGAAUUUAAGCGAAAUCUAAUUGGUGUUUCGAAAAAUUUAUAACUAAAACCUCUGUAAUUAUUAUUGCACGAGAAAUUAUUGUCUCUGCAAAAUUCGAUCUUUUAUUUUAUUUGAGAAGGCCGAGAUUUCAUCUAAUAAACAGGUGUAAUUGCAUCUGAUCGAGGCCAGGCAGUGGUCAGUCGCGAGGACUAUCGGAUUUCGUACCUGAUCACACGUCUGUCAUCCUCUCUUUACGUAUCAAUAUCUGGAACUUGUAAACGCGAUCUCAUUGCCGAAGGCUUCUGGAUUAGUCGCGUCUCGUAUCUCGCUGCACGAGGAUGGAGCGAUGGGCUGGAAAGGUGGCCGUGGUAACCGGUGCCAGCGCCGGAAUCGGUGCAGCGAUCGCGCGAAGUUUCGUUAAACAAGGUAUGAUAGUGGCGGGCUUCGCGAGGAGAGUGGAGAAAGUUAAAGAAAUCGCUGACAGCUUGAAGGAUUCCUCGGGGAAGCUCUAUCCCGUGGAAUGCGAUGUCACCGAGGAGGAAAGCGUAGCCGCGGCUUUUGCACGGGUGAAGGGUAAUCUCGGACCGAUAAGCGUUCUUGUCAACAGCGCCGGCAUCAUCAAAGAAUCCUCGCUCAUAGAUGGUACUUUGGAGGACUGGCGAUCCGUGUUUGACGUGAACGUCCUGGGACUCUGUCUCUGCACGCGCGAGGCUGUACGCAUGAUGCGGGAGACGGCGGCCGAGGAUGCCGUCGUGAUUCACGUGAAUAGUUUGGCCGCCGAAAGGGUGCCCUUCGUCCCGGGAUUCAGCGUGUAUCCGGCAUCGAAGCGUGCCAUCACCGGCCUCGCCAUGACAUUGCGACACGAGCUCGCGGGCACGCGUAUACGCGUUACGAACAUCAGUCCCGGUUUGGUCGCGACAGAGUUUAUGGCGUCCUAUAGCACAUUCUCCCCGGAAGCGAUGGUGGCAGCGCCGACCUUGAGUCCGGACGACGUCGCGGCGGCGGCGGUUUAUGUGUUGUCCAAUCCGUCUCAUGUUCUGUGCAAAGCCUUCGGUAUGAAUAUUAUGUCGAACAAGAUCGCCGUCGUCACCGGCGCCUGCUCCGAGAUCGGUAAGGCGAUCGUAGAGGAAUUGGUGCUGAAGGGACUCAAAGUCAUCGGCCUCUCCAGCGACAUAAACAAGCUGAAGAUUCUCGUGGACGAGCUGAAGGGCAAGCCCGGCAAGCUCUGUCCUCUUCAAUGCGACUUGAGCAUUCCGAACGAGAUCGAGGCCGCGUCGGAGUGGAUAGAGAAGAAUGUGGGUAGUGUGGACAUUCUGAUAAAUAACGCCAGCAUCAGCCUAAAUUGGUCCGGCAUCAACGGUGGCAUACAGGAGCUUAAGAAGACUCUCGACAUCAAUGUGCUCGGCUUGUCUUAUAUCACCAAGAAGAUUCUGCAGCUGAUGAAGAACAAGGGGAUCGAUAACGGCUGCAUCGUUAACGUCAACGACAUAUGCGGCCUGAAGUGGUUGCCUCUUGCCUCCGACCGGCCGAUCUCCCCGGCGUACGCCUGCAGCAAGUCCGCGCUGACCGCGUUGACCGACUGUCUUCGUCUGGAAUUGGCCCAGAACCAGUCCAACAUCAAAGUGAUCAGCAUCUGCCCGGGCUUGGUGGAGACCGAGAUCACCCAGCAGUGGCUGAAGGAAAAUUCACGAUUGGCCCUGAAACCGAAAGACGUGGUGGACGCUAUUCUCUACUCGUUGCAGACUCCGGAGAACGUGCUUAUUAAGGACCUCAUUAUUACGCCCAUUCGUGAGAUUAUUUGAGCUAGCACCGGACAAAAUCGUUGUCUACGAUGAACAUUGUAAUAUUUCGAGCGCGUAUAGUGGCAAAUCAAAUAAAGCAUUGGCAAUUUUUAAAUAUGUGUACGAAUUUGUUACAUUAAUCCCCUUCUUAACAGACUGACUUUGUAUAUUAUUAUCGACAAUAUCAUGUACAAGUAGCAAGAUUUUAAUGAAUAUCACAAUUGGUUAUAUACUUUUGCAUAUUGAUCAUCUUCACGAUUCUUUGAAACUUCCACGCAUAUUUUAUGAAUUUAUUCUCUUCAACGUCACUUUCUGCACUUCUUAUUUCUCUCUCUGCUUCAAAUUCUAAAUAUAUACUUAUUAUGUAUGUCAAAUACAAGAAAAAAUGUGCCUAAAUGGAUUCUAUUCCUUUUACAUUGUAAACGACUUUCUGAUUGUUAAUCAUUAAUACGUUAACUUUUCGAUACUUUUGUAUAAAUUUCUUAUUAUAAAUAAGCACAUAAUAAAUACAAUUAUCUUUUAAAGACUUCCAUAUGCAUACGUGCUUAAUUUGGUAGCUUUGAACUUGGAAGAGACGACUAUUGUGUGCUAAUAAGGCGAACCAAGCGAACGAUACAAUCAAAAUUUCAACAAGUAUAAUAAAAUACUUACUCGAAAAGAACAUGGCAUGACUUUCUUUAUUUACAAGCCCACUGAGUUCGUACCUUAAACGCGUGACACCGCUUCAAAAUAGAUCCGUUGGCAGGCGAGAAUUGAAGGAAAAAUUGUAUAAAACAAUAUCGUGCUAGACAUAUUUAUUCUUUUAAUUAAUCAUCCCAUUUGCCAGUUUAAUAAUCCACAAGAAUUGUGAGAGGAGGGUACUUUGUUAAGAGAAAGAAUUGCAAAGAAGUGGCACGUUAGGAGAAUCCUGUUUAAUGAAGGUGUGAAGCAAUCGGUGUUAUAUUUAGUGCCUAGUUGUGAGGUACAUCCUAAAUCGUACGUCCUGUACAACGCAGAAAAUACUUGGGUAUGUACAAUACACGGAUCAAUAAAAUUAUCUAUGUAUAGCAGAUAAUAAGUUUGUACGUAAUAUACAAGAAAAUAUGCGCAAUAGAGAAACUGUCACUACCAAUUUUAACAAUCGUAUUUCAAAUAUCUGUGGACAAGUACACACUGUGAGACCGUUGUAGAUUCGACGCUAUUCAUAUAUGUAUUCUUAUUGCUACACAUGGUUGUAUAACAAUUAACUAUAGAAGAACAAUAUUAUAUGUAUAUUACAGGUAACACAGAAAUAACACAUAAAAUAUUAAGAAUAUACUUAUCUGUGAUGUUAAUUGAACGAAAAAAAAAAA